AUGCACAAACCGCUUCAUGGUGCGCCAGCGCAUAGCCAGACCCAGAGGGAGAAGCUGAAGAUUGAGCUUGAGUACAAUUGUGCCACCAUCUCGUUCACCCUUGAUAUCUGGACAGCACCGAAUCGGGUGCCCAUUUUCGCCAUUAUUGCGCACUGGAUUACACCGGAGUUUGAGGAGAGAGAGGAAGUUAUUGAGUUUAUUGAGCUCAAAAGAUCUCACACUGGCAAACAAUUAGCUGAGAUAGUUGAGAGGACGCUUGAGGAGCUCAGGCUCAAGCCUAAGCUUCUCGCCAUUACGGGAGACAACGCCGGCAAUAACGGCACGCUCUGUCAGUCUUUGUACGAUUCUCUCAAGACCAAAUUCGACGACAAGAGUUGGAUCCGCUGUCUAGCUCAUAUUACCUCGCUCAUUUGUGAGGGCGUCUUGCAAGAUCUCAAAGCAGGCACAGCGAAGGAAGCCAAGAAGAUGCUUGACAAGUGGGACGAAGAGAAUAAAAGCAACAACUACACCAUUCCGGGAGACUCUAGUCGAAGUGGGAUUGCCAAAAUCCGCCUCCUCAAUCUCUGGAUGUUGAGAUCCGGGUCUAGGGAGCAAGACUUCAAAAGCAUGCCGCGCACGCACUACCGGAAGCCAACCUACGAUGUCGACACUCGCUGGAAUUCGGCCUACGACAUGAUUGACCAAUUCCUCGAGCUUGAGGCAGAGUAUACUGAGUUCGUUGAUACUCACCCGCAAGUCAAGUGCCUCCUGCCCUUAUCAGAAGAGAUUGUCGCUCUCAUCAACUGCGGAAGGUUCUGA